AUGGAGAAGCGAAAAUGCAUGUCCGAUGAUGCCCAACAGGCUGCCGACCAGAGCAAAAAGCGUAAACAAGAUGAAGACACGGACGAAGAAUCCGAUCUGGAACCAUUAAACGAGAUAGAUCCAGAUGAUAUUACGGUGGCUAUUUUCUGCGCUCUUCCCUACGAAUCGGUUGCGGUCAAGUACAGCUUGGAUCAGGAAUUCCUCUGCCGUCCAAGGGCGUCAGGUCAAAAGAAAUAUGUUUAUUCCUUUGGUCGCAUCGGGGAGCAUAAAAUCGUCAUAGCUCGACCCCAUCAAAUGGGGCCUGUUAAGGCCGCCCAGUGUGCCGCGACAGUUUGCCAGCAGUUUCCCCAUGUCCGAUUUGCCCUCAUAGUUGGUAUCGGCGCCGGCAUUCCUCGUCUUCCCGAUCACGAUAUUCGCCUGGGUGAUAUCGCCGUUAGUAUUCCCAAAGAUGGCCAUCCUGGAGUACUGGAAUAUGAUUAUGGAAAGUACGAGCGAGAUGGUGCAUUUUCUCUCAAGGGAUGCCUUGAUAAACCUCCGCCUAUCUUAAUCAGCGCCGAUGGCUCCUUGGAAGAGGACGAGAUAAUGAACAGGAGCCCCCUUCGGUCAAUAUUACGGACUAUCACUAGACAAUGUGUAUUUAAGCGGCCAAGCAGUGACGAUAUUCUCUUCCACGAGAGCUUUCAUCACGUUAGUAAAGGAGAGGGCUGCGCUAGGUGUCUAGAUGUCGACGAUGAGAAGGUUUUGGAUCGUCCUGAGCGUGAUAAACCAAGGCUGCCGGUGGUCCAUCGAGGUUUGAUCCUUUCCGGAGGUGGCGUUAUUAAGAACCCCGAUGACCGCAAUCGAUUGCAGCGGGAUCAGAAAGACGCUAUUUGUUUCGAGAUGGAGGCGGCUGGCAUCGCAGACGAGAUUCCGUGCCUUGUUGUGCGGGGUAUAUGCGACUACGCCGAUACGCACAAGCAGGAUGAAUGGCAUUAUUAUGCCGCUGCCGUCGCUGCUGCCUAUGCCAAAGCUCUACUUCAGAAAUGUGAUUUUUCAGAAGUGGGAGGCACAAGGACCAUGAAGGAGACGAUGCAGGAUGUCGUGAAGGGUUUAAGUACUGUGACCAAGUCCGUCAAUGAACUUGCUCAGUUGACAGACAGCAACAUACAAGAAACGAAGCAUAAAGGCCUACUCGACUGGCUGACACCUGCCAACUAUGCUCUUCAGCAAAGCGACUUCCUUAGAAGACGGCAACCUGGAACUGGUCAAUGGCUCCUUGAUUCGAGUCAAUAUCAACACUGGUUGAAGAGCAGUAAGGCCACUUUGUUCUGCUCGGGGAUCCCAGGAGCAGGGAAGACAAUCCUCACGUCCAUCGUGGUAGACCACCUCAGCAACACCUUCACCAAAGGUUCUAAUGUUGGUGUUGCAUACUUGUACUGCAACUUUCGACGGCAACAGGAACAGACGCUUGAGCACUACCUGGCUAGUCUGUUAAAGCAGCUUACUCAAGAGCAAGAUUCUAUCUCAGUAUCUCUGCAAGAUCUCUAUGGCCGCCACAAGCACAAACACACGCAACCAUCAGUUGCCGAGCUCUCAGAAACUCUGCUUGAUCUUAUGGGUGCCUAUGAAAAAGUUUUCAUUGUUAUGGAUGCUCUGGAUGAGUGUACCACAAUAGGCGCAUGCAGAUCAAAGCUGCUAACAGAACUGUUUAACCUUCGAGAAAAGACCGAAACAAGAAUAUUUGCAACAUCUCGCGUGAAUGAUGACAUCUCCAAGGCCUUCCAUGGGGCCUUGACAAUUGAGAUUGAAGCCAGUGCGAAAGAUUUGGGGGCAUAUCUUGCCGGGCAGAUGCAACUACAACAAUCGGACAUAUUUGACACAGAUCUCCAGAAUAUGACAGUGUCUGAGAUUGUGAGAGCGGCUAACGGGAUGUUCUUGCUGGCUGAACUGCAUAUGAACACAGUCGUGGGUCUGCCUACAAAGGGGGACGUGAAGCAAGCCUUGCAAAAUCUUGCCAAGGGAGUAGAAGGAUUAGAUGAGACCUAUCAGCUGGCUAUGAGAAGGAUAGAAGACCAGGGCAAGGGCUACCGAGAGCUAGCCAAACAAAUCCUGGCAUGGAUUAUUCACGCGAAAAGGCCACUCUCCACGCAAGAGCUUCGACACGCGCUUGCGGUCAAGCCAGGGAUGACCACAAUGGACGAUGACUAUAUCCCCACAACCAGAAUCUUACGCUCCGUCUGUACUGGCCUAGUCACAGUCGAUGACGAGAGCGGCACCAUUCGCUUGGUGCAUUAUACGACGCAGCAGUAUUUCGAGCGGACAUGGACGAACUGGUUUCCCAGCGCGCAGAUCGACAUCACGACCAUAUGCGUUACUUAUCUUUCAUUCGAGGUUUUUCAAAGCGGAUACUGCACCACAUUAAGACAAUUCCAUCGUCGACUCCAGUCAAAUCCUCUAUACGACUACGCCGCUAUGAACUGGGGGUAUCAUGCUCGCGAAGUCUCAGAUCUCCCAAAAGCAGUUUUUGACUUUCUGAGGUGUGAGUCUCGGGUGGAGGCCGCGAGCCAGGUAAUAAUGAAAGCUAAGAGCUUUUUGGGAAGCGAUAUCAACGCGUCGCCAACGGGAAUGACUGGGCAUCACUUAGUGGCAUACUUUGGUGUUUUGAAAGUCCUGAACGAGCUUCUGGGCGGAUGUGAUCUUAAUAUUAAAGACGGCUAUGGUCGGACGCCACUUUCAUACGCUGCUGAGGAAGGAAACGAAGACGUGGUCGAGCUGCUCAUCAAGAAGAAUGUGGAUCUGAACGUCAAAGACGAGGAAGAUUGCGCUCCUCUUCUCCUAGCCGCAAAGGCUGGAAACCAUACCAUUGUGGAAAUAUUACUUGCAGAGGAGGGUGUUGAAGUGAACACGCGAGACAUUAAUGGUCAAACACCUUUGUCGCAGGCAGCAGAAAAUGGGUCUAAACUAGUGGUCAGGACACUCCUGGACAAAGAUGGGGUUGACAUCAACCUGCAAGAUAAAUACGGCCAAACACCGCUACUGUUGGCCGCGAGAAAUGGUCAUGAAGCCGUGGUACGGCUACUCAUCGACAAAAAUUCUAACCCCAAUGCCAAGGAUAUUGACGGUUGGACGCCACUGUCACUGGCGGCAAGAAACGGCCAUCAAGUGGUUGUCAAAACACUCCUUGCCAAAGCUGGUACCAACCCGGACACUAAAGACAAGUACGGCAGCACACCACUAUCACUUGCUGCAGAGAAUCAACAUGAAGAUGUGGUGGAUCUUCUGCUGGCAAACCCUAAUGUCGACCCAAACUCAAAAGAUGACAAGGGUUGGACACCGCUUUCACUCGUUGUGAGAAAUGGAUACGCCAGCAUUGUCAAACGCUUUCUGGCGGUGAGAGUUACAGAUCCUAAUGCGAGAGACCCCGAUAGCUUGACACCGCUGUUUCUAGCAGUAAACAAUGGAGACAUUGAAGUGGUGAAGUUGCUACUUUCGAGAGACGGGGUCAACGUGAAUGCGAGAGAUCAGUAUACUCAAACACCGUUGUUACUUGCCUCGAGAGAGGGAAACGAGGGGCUGGUAAAGCUGCUACUUGCACAUGAGAAAAUUGAUCCCAAUUUGAAAAAUGCAAGUGGCCGGACACCACUGCUUCUUGCCAUUGAAAAAAGCCAUGAGUCUGUGGUCAAGCUGCUACUAGAUGCGGAUGGAAUUGAUCUGGAGUUUGCCGAUAGGAAUCGCUGGACGGCACUCUCAUGGUGCGCUGCGCACGGGCUUUCAGAGGCGGUCGAAAAGCUUCUGGAGAAACGUAGCAUUAACCCUGAUUUGAGAGAUAGCUGCGGACAGACGCCUCUUUCGCUGGCUGCAGGGAACGGAAACGUUACAAUUGCAAAGAUGCUCCUCGAAACAAAGCAGGUCGACAUUGAUUCGAAAGAUAUUGAUGGUCAGACGCCGUUAUCACUUGCAGCAGAGUACGGGUACGAAUCUAUGGUAAAGCUACUACUUGCCUACGAUAGUAAAGGCCUUAACUUGCAAGACAACAGGAAAAGAACACCAAUAAUAAUGGCAAUCGAAAAUAACCAUGUGGCAGUUGUGAAGCAACUAUUAUCGCAUGGUGGCGUCAACCUGAACUCCAGCUACUACUAUGGCAUGGGGCUGCGAGAGCUGGCUUUAAAUAGAGGAUAUAAGGGCAUAGUACAGAUGCUAGAUGAAGUCGAUGCUUCAAGCUCCGUUGAACUGAAACCUCCAGUCACGUUCCCUAUCAGCAGGGAGCCAUGGGACAUCGCGGUGGAGGAGGAUUCACUUGCAACUGCCGGUAUCAAGUGUGACUCUGGUUCGAUCUAUGCCACUGGUUACUCGCGUUCGAAACUUGCCCAGCUUACCAAGGCAGCCAAGUCAUCCACCGUCUUCUCAUAG